AUGAAUCGAUCAUUUUUCGCUGCCGGUGGUUCAUCACGGAAUGCGCUGUUACUGGUUGCUAAGUUACAUCGUUUUGGUUUAUCGUGCCUAACUGUUGAACGUCUAUUCGAUGCAUCAACAUUAAAUGAUAUUCUUUUAAAUGAAGUGUAUAUUGAUCGAUCCAAUAAGGAAUUGUUUUUUGAAUAUGAUAAUAAAUAUCAAGUAGUGCCUCUGGCACAAAUCGGCAAAGAUCAAGGCAUUGCUAUUGUAGUCGAUUCAUUUGCUACUUUAGGAGAAAUCGAUACUCUUAUUCAUCAAAAUCAGCCGAAUGCUCAACUUGAAUAUAGGCGACAAUUCACUGUUAUAUUAAAUCAUCACUGGCCUCAGUUUGUGACAUUGGAGCUCUCGUUUGGUAUUAUCAACAACAAUGGAAACCUACUUGGCGUGUCUCUGUCGACUGAUGCAGCACAUGAGCCAUAUAUAGAUCUGACAACCGUACCACUAGUUGCUCCAAUAUUAACCAUGCUAGAGGUUAAAGAGAAAGAGUUUUUAAAGCGUUUGCACUCUCAAAAGGAUGUUCCUGAAUCAAUCAUGAGUAAUUUGAUCACAGCAGUCAAUCUAGAUGUGCCACUCGAGAAACGAACCAAUGUUAUGUAUCAGAUUGAACGUCAUACGUUACAAGUUGCAAAGGCUCACGGUUUCCAAGCUAUUGUGACGGCUAAUACUGGUAGUGUAACACAGCAAUUGACUAAAUAUGUCUUCAAAUAUGAUGAAAAUUUGGUAGUACAACUUAAUGAAUAUCGUGAUCCUUCCGGCGAUUUGAUCUUCUCUCAUGCUGAUCCUAAUCAAACAAUGACUAUCAGUAUGAAGUAUAUUGUUUGA